AUGUUCAUCAAGGAGAUAAUUCUCGAUGGGUUUAAGUGUUAUGAAGAAAAGGUGACGAUGGCAAAUCUCGACAAAUCUUUCAAUGCAAUAACUGGGAUGAAUGGUUCUGGGAAGUCCAAUGUUCUUGAUGGAAUAUUGUUUGCUCUUGGGCUUGAAAGUACAAAGGCUCUUCGUGCAAGUAACAUCGGGGAGCUGGUUAACACCAACAGAAGGGAGUGCAGGGUGAGUCUUGUGCUGUGUAACAGGGAAAAGUCUAGGAGUCCUCCUGGAUACGAGCAUUACGAUGAGAUCUGUGUCUCCAGGACCAUUGAUCCAGAAGGAAGAACAAAGUGCUACAUAAACAAUCAUCUUUGCUCUUUCUCUACAUUGAGCAAGCUAUGUGUAUCGAUGGGGCUGGGGUCGAGGGGAACAUUUUCCUCUAUUGUGAUGCAAGGGCAUAUAACAAAGGUUCUGAGCAUGAAGAGUUCUGACCUUAGGGAGCUAAUUGAGGAGACGGCUGGGACAAGAUCCUAUGAGAAGGAGAAAGAGAGGGCAAUGGCCAUGAUUGAGAAGAAGGAAGAGAGGCUUAAAGAUGUACAAGAGAUGCUGAAGAGAAGGAUAUCUCCGUUUUACGACAAGCUUCGACAAGAAAGAACAAGGUUUCUUGAGACCAGGGAUCUUCAUGAGAAGAAAAGGGAGCUGGAGCACAGAGAACGGGAGAUUAGAAAAAGAUUAGCCCUCCAUGAGAUUGGGGAGGAGGUGGAUACUUUAGGCAAAUGCUUAAAGAACUAUGCUGCGGAAAUGAAGAGCCUAGAAGCCAUUGAAAAAAGGAUAGAGGAGAUCUCUGGGAUCAAAGAAGAGGUUGAUGUUGUGUGGAUCAAGACAUCUAUUGAUGGAGAGAGAUUGAGAUUGGAUGAGUUGAAGAGUAAGAAUCUGGAAGAAGAACUUCGGCUGAAGAAAGAAGAGAUGGAUGUGAUAAAGAACCUGAAACCCAACCUGGAAUUGGAUAAGUUAGCUGAGAGGGAGAGAUUGCUUGUGGAAAGUCUGAGAAGAAUUGACUCUGGGGAGAAUGAUGUGUUAAAGAAGAUUGAGGAGAUUACUUCACUUAAGUUUCAAAGGUCCCGUGUUGAGUUUGAGUUUAAUUCUAUUCCCGAGGUGGGGUUUUCUCAAGAAAGAUUAGAUGAAAUUGAGAAGCUUAAAGUUUCUGAGGAUGAGAUUGAGGAGUUGAGGAAGAAAGCCCGUAUGUUGAGAUCUAAAAUCAGCUAUCCCUUUGUAGAAGGUGUAUUUGGGACUGUCGAGGAGAACAUUGAGAUAUGCAACAGGAAGUAUCUUGAAGCUGUGUACACUGUGAUGGGGCAGAGAAGUAAGUAUGUCAUAACGUCUGAUGAGAAGGUUGGUGGAUUUUUGGUGAGCACUAUGGAAAGGAGUGUAAGUGUGAUACCACUUUCGAAAAUAAGAGUAUUUUACCUUUCUCCAAAUGUCUUGAGGGAGAUAGAAUCGAAAGGCGGAGUGAGCAUGGUCAGCCUUUUGAAGUUCGACAGUAAUGUUCGUAAGGCUAUUGAGUUUGUCUUCAACAACUUCUUUGUGUUUGAAAGUAAGGAGAUGGCCAGGAAGGUUUGCUUUGAGCAGAAAGUGAUGUGUGUGACUGUGGAUGGAACUGUAUAUGAUCCGAAGGGAACGCUCAGCGGAGGAAAGACAAACUUCAGGGUUAAUACGGUACGUAGAAAGGAUGUGGAGGAUAUUGAAAGGGCAAUUGAGUCUUUGGAGGCAAACAAAAGGAGGUUUGAUGGUGUGAAGCAAGAGUACAAUGGAUUGUUGAGAAGCAAAACAUUGCACGAAAGAAGAGAGAAGCUGAAAGAGGAGAUGGAGUCUCUUGAUACAAGAAUUUCCAUAUUGUCUGACCUAUGUGAGAAUGGAAUGAACAUUAAGGAGGAGUUGAGAGCUGUACGAGAAAAGAUGGUUGAAGGGAUGAGGGAGAAGAACGAGGUGGAUGGACUCAUGGAAAGAAGAAAGAAGCUGGAGAAUAGGAUAAAGGAAAUUGAAUCUGAAAUCUUGAGCAGCAAGGAGGAAAUAAGGAUGUGUGAGGAAAGGAUACUAUCUUAUGAAAAGAUGUUAGGGAAGCAUAAUAUUGAGAACGAUAGCAGAAGAAUGAGUGAAAAGGAAAUGGAUGGGCUUGAGGCUAAGCACAGGGAUCUAAUCAGGAGUACUGGAAAGUUGCAUAACAGAGCCAUGAAAAUUUAUAAUGAUGUUGAAAGGAAGCUGAAACAAGUGCCUCAGAACGAUGUAGAGCAAGAAAGGGUUUGCAUGGUUGAUGAGGAGGUUCAUAAAAUAGCAGAGUCUGUUGGAAUUAGUCCUAGAUGUCUUCUAAUUAGGAAGCAAUGCAUGGCUGAAGAAGAAAAGAAUGGACUUAAAAGAGAGUUGGAAAUGAUUACAAAUGAGAUGGAGAGACUAAGGUGUAUGAAGAGGUCCACGAUGGAUCCAGCAAACUUUGAUUUGCUUGAGCGGAAUGAACUGAUGAUUGAAGAGCUUAAGGAGAAGAUUGAUAAGCUUGAAAAGGAUAGGUUUGCAAUUGGACAAAGUAUAUCAAGGUUUGAUGAUUUAGGAUAUAAGGAGAACCUGAAGGCAUUCAAGCACAUUAAUGGAAGGCUGGGAAGGUUCCUUAGAUAUUUUAUACCGGGAUCUGAUGCAAGGAUAGAUGAGAAGAAUGGGGAGUAUGCUCUGAAAGUCAAGGUUGGGAGUUGGAAGGAGUCUCUAAAUGAGCUUAGCGGGGGGCAGAGAUCUCUUGUAGCUCUUUGCCUAAUAUUCUCAAUGCUGACAUACAGGCCGUCUUCCUUUUACAUCUUUGACGAGAUUGAUUCUGCAUUGGACUUAAGUUAUACACAAGGCAUUGGAGAAAUCAUAAAGAAGGAAUUCGAUAGUGCUCAAUUUAUAGUUGUGUCUCUAAAGAGCGGGAUGUUUGACAAUGCAAACAACAUAUUCAAAGUGUAUCUACAGGAUGGGAAGUCGAGGAUAUGUAGGAUAAAGUGA